AUGAAUUAAGAGAUUUCAUAGGAAAUAUUAGCCCUUUCAAUUCAUGUUGCAGCAGCGGCUUCUUAGAUAACAAUUCAAACUUAAUAGAGAAUGACUUUAGUUACAAACAGUGUAUUAGAGACAGUUAAUUAAACAAUGAAGAUAAUUAAUUGUUUGAUGGUGUACUCUUAGAAGCAGUCUCAUUUGGAUGCAGUAACAGAGGAACGAGAAGAUGAUAGUUUGAAGGAUUCAAAAACAAAGGAGUUAAUAAAUGAAUAGUUUUAGAAGACUGUGUAGGUUGAUUGUUUUAAUGUUGAAGUGAUGGAAAAUAAAAAAUCGAAAGAAAAAUUAAAUGAGAAUAUGAUAUUGAGAUAGGCAAGUUAAUAGAGAGAAGAGAGUAUAUCAAAAUUAAAUAAUAUUAAAUUUGAAGAAUAUCCAAAAUGCAAUAUAAAUGAUGAUUAGAAUUCAACUCCAAUAUAGAUAAGAAAACCAUCUUUAUUGUCAUAAUAACUUUCUUAAAUAAAGGUAGAUAAAUAAAAAGAAGCAGAGGAAUAGAGAGAAUUAAUGAAACUAAUAGAAUCAGUAGAUCCUGAAGAAUUAAUUCCAAAAUUAAAAUCAAUUGAAAUUUAUGAUGAAUAAAAACAAACUUCAAGUCAUAAGGAUGUUUUAGUAUAUUCAGAUAAAUAAUAAAUUGUUAUAAAUGAAUAAGACUAAGAAUAAUAAUUGAUGGAUUCUUCAAAUAAAUCAGAUUGGUAUGAAAGUUCUUCGGUAGAAUAUAGAGCUACUUCUUAUAAUACAAAUGAAUCUUCUAAUUUGGAUCAUCAUUCUUAUAAAUGGGGAAGUAGCAAUUUUGGGGAUGAUAAUAUUAUAUAGGAAUGUGGAUUUCAAUUUUAAUCUUCAGUAUUUGAUUUUCCAUUUCCUGAAGAUUUCUGUGUAAAUAGUUAAAAUAUUCAUCCGAACAUUUAAAAUAUUGAAAACAAAAAUCAGCAUACUCCUAAAAAAAAGAGACUAUAUUGUAAUAAUAAAAAAGUACCUCAUUGGGCUGAAAAUUUAGAAGUAAAAAUAUAUUCUAAUACAUAAUUAGAAAGUUUCGUAGCAUUAAUAUCAAUAAUAGAAUUUAUCUUAGAAUUAAAUAUUUGGUAGAAUGAAAUAAAGAGUAUUAGAUAUUGCAAAGUAGUUUUCUUAAAAUAGAUUGAAUAGAAGGGGCAGUUCAGCACAUUGGCAUAUUUCAAAUGAGAAAUAUGAAUAAAUGCAAAAACAAAUGAUAAAAUUACAAUAGAUUUAGGAUGAGAAUAUAGGGAAGUUGAAAUAACAUUAAUAAGAUGUAUAAUAUAUUAUCUAAUAAAUUUUAGUCUAUUAAGAAGAACUAAGGAAUAUAUGCUAAAACAUAAUACUUUUUAACGAGCAUGAAAAAGAAGAUACUAAAUUCUUUAGAAAAAGAAUCUAAAUAUAAAAAGGUUUGA